GUAUGACCGCCCCAGUUACCCACGUGUAUGUGCCAUCCUUAGUAACCCGGGGGUGUGUGUCACCCUCCUCUGUGUCCCAGGUGCGUGGGUGGGGCGGCAGGGCUUAUAUAUGCAGGACAGAGUCCUAGGAUACCUGGUGAGUCAGCACCCCUGGCCUCGCCCUGCGGGGAAACUUUGGUGGGGACUGGUCUAAACAGGGUGCCUGGAGGUCUGUGCUAGCUCUAAACCCUUCCUCUCCCUGCUCUCUCGCAAUCUGGUCCAUCUCAGAAAGUUGGGCUGCAGUCUCGGGGAUGGGCUCAUCUCCCACCUUCCCCAGAACCUUGCUGUCAUCAGCAGACCAGCCCGGUGCCUGCAAGAAAGCAGGGCUUCAAGUGGGCAUUUGCCUUCCCUGUGGCUGGCAGAUGGCUUUCUGUGACCAGAGCCCGUGUUGUGGACAAAUCUGAUUCUGAAAUAGGGAAAUUAAACCAGCUUUGUCUUGGAUUGAGGCAGCCACAGUGUUACCUCUUCCUGUGGUGUGGAGCUGCUGAACCCCGCCAGUGAUGGGCCACGUCCUCCCCUGCCCUCCCACACACCGGGACACCUGCUGGCCCUCCAGCUAAAUGCUACCUGGCUUCGUCUGUGACAAGGAACCUCUCACACGGCUGGGUGCCGGUUCUGGCUACGGCAGAGCUCCUGUGCUUUACAUGAGGACUCGUCCUUGAAACUCUAGCAAGAGUAACAUUUGUGUGCAGAUGCUCUGACGCUCCUUAAAACUCUCCCUUUGAAAUGCUUCCUUUGAGGCUUGCCAAGAUGCCCAUCGUGGUGGAAGACAUCAUGAAGCUGUUGUGCUCCAUCUCUGGGGAGAGGAAAAUGAAGGCGGCCGUCAAGCACUCUGGGAAGGGCGCCCUGGUCACAGGGGCUGUAGCCUUCAUGGGUGGUCUGGUCGGAGGCCCACCCGGACUAGCUGUUGGGGGGGCUGUCGGGGGUCUACUAGGUGCGUGGAUGACAAGCGGACAAUUUAAGCCGAUUCCUCAGAUCAUAAUGGAGCUGCCACCCGCUGAGCAGCAAAAGCUCUUUAAUGAAGCCACCGCCAUCCUCAGGCACCUGGACUGGAUGGACGUCGUGCAGCUGACCACGCUGGUCAUGGGCAGCGAGGCCCUGAAGCAGCAGCUGCUGGCCAUGCUGGUGAACUACGUCACCAAGGAGCUCCGGGCCGAAGUUCAGUAUGAUGACUAGGUCGCUCCUCCUGGGAAGUGCGGGUCUCAUUUAGAUGAUUCUCGGGACUCACAGGAGGGGACAGGGGAGUUGGGGAAGCCCCACAUCAUCAGUGUGUUACCUUAAAUGGAGUGAAAUCUGCUGGAGCGGCUACUACUAUGCUGUAUCAUGUUCUGGAAAUUAUUUAUGAAGAUGUUGUGUUUUGUGACAACCCUUUCGCUGGGAGGCUGGUAGAAAGCGAAGCCCUGCCUGCUCCAGACAUGGGUGAAUCCACUCUCACUCAUAUGGGAGCGUAGCAGGAGGCCCUCGUGUUCCAUCUCCUCACCUGUGAAGAUGAGCCCUGUCCGAAGCACCCGUUACAGGACUGGUUCCUUCCCCGGGGCCCAGGGUCUCAGGACCUGAGAGCUGGCCCAUGCUGGAAUUCACGUUUUCCCUCAUGUGCCCCUUCCCUGACCAGUGACUCUGAGUGGCCCCACACAGGGUCAGUCGCCUGUUGAGUGAAGCCACAAACAUCCAGGCCCCCAGCCCUUCUCUGUGCAGCACACCUGGGCUCUCACCCUCCCAGGGGCUUCUCUCCCCAUCGGACAAGUCGUGGUAGUUCUUGAGUUUUGCUUUUAAAAUUAAAUACUUCCAGCCAAGAGUAUUGCUUUUUCUGACGUGGUAGGAUCUAAGCAAUGUGUCCACCCUGAAUUUCCCCUAAUACCGUAUUCACUUUGCUUUCAGAACCGUUACUUGACUAGGUGUCAUCAAAUUGCAAUAAAUGUUUUCUGAACAGGGCUUUUCUCACACAUUUUGUGUAAAAGCAUCUCUAACACCCAGGGUCAUUAGGGAAGGUUCUGGAUUUGUGGCUUUAAAGAAUGACAGAUGCCUCCCAAUUCCAGUGCCUGAGACCUGACUGUCCAGGUUUUCCUGUUUUGGCUCCUCUGUGCUUCCAGUAUGCGCACACUGCCCGAGCCUCCGCAGGCCCCCAGGACCUGGGCCAGGGCAGCAGCUUGGGGCUCUCUCUAAGGGGGAAACAGCACAGGCCGCCCUGGGGCUAUGGAAGGAGGCACUCCUGCUGAGGAGAAGUGGUAUUCUGACAUCUCUGUGUGUGAAAAGAAAACUUCAGGAUGAAUUAGAACCAGUGCUGAUUUAGGCCAGGGGAGGGACUUCAGUGGACAUCAGGGCAGGCUCUCUGAACUAGGACCCGGUGUCCCCUGGGUCUGGGACAGUUGGGCCCAACACACAAGCAAUGAAUGGGUGAGGCUUCCCCCACCUCCCCAACCACCUUCUUUGAGAACUCACGGACAUGGGAUCCUAGCUCAGAGGUCCUGCCCUGAUGUCCACUGAAGGCCCUCCCCUGGCCUGCCUGCCUUUAUUCCUGGGAAAAACCCUGACCCAGCUCCUGACCAGUGUCCGGUCAGACGGAGCAGGCCUCGCUGAGUGAAGUCAGCCUGGACAAGCUGGGUCCUGGGGUGACUGUGAUGGGCAUUGGGCCCGAGAGGGCAGCCCAGACCUCAAAUCCUGUCUCCCCCAGGAGGUGAAAGCACUUUGCUGGCUUUUCCCUCAGGCUCUCCUCUCGGCUCCUGUGAUUUUAGGAUUCUUAUUUCUGUGUCUCCUUGGCAAAAAUUUUCAUUUAUUUAUUUUUUUAAUAGAUAAUUCCAGCCUGGUACUUAGAAGACUUAGAAGACUCUAGACAGUACAGUGGAAAAGCAAGGCUUCCUCCACCAUCAACUCCUGCCCCAGGCCCCUCCCCAGAGGCAGCCGCUGUACCAAUUUCUUGUGCAUUCCUUACGUCAGUUUUUAAAUAGUCUUUGAAAACCAUUCACUUCCUUUUAUUUGUCAGUGUUGAUGGAUGAAAACUUAGAAGAAUCCAGCAAAGGAUAAUGAAACCGCUACAAAUUUUACUGCCCAGAAAAUCACUCUUAAUACAUUUGAUACAUUUCUUGCAAACCUUUUUUAAUGCUAUGUAUGCACAUUUCCAAAAUAUUUCCAUUCUUACUGUUUAGACCUCUUUGAUGCUUUUAUCAAUUAACAUUAACAUUUGUGUUUAAUUUAAAACUCCUUGUAAAUAUGUGUAUAUAUAUGUAUAUAUGUGUAAAUAUGUGUAAUCAUACUUAGCCUUAUCCCUGGUGUGGUUUUCAUUGCCCCGAUGAAUAGUUUUGUGUUAACAUUCUGUUCAUAUUUUAGACUAUGACAGAUAGUAUUUUGGAUAGAUACCUCAAAAUGAAAUUGCUGGAUUAAAAAGUAUGCAAUAUUU